AGACUCGCAUCGGGCCGAGGGUGGGGGAGCGAAGCUGGGGGAGACGGGAAAUCUGGCGCGCCUGUCCCGGAUCUGCGAAUGGUAAAGGAAAGGAUGCGAUGCAAUUAAUACAAUGUCACCUAUGAAUGGGGGCGUUUGGAGAAUGUCACCAUGAAUGAGGAGUCCUUUUUCCAUUUGGCCACUGUGCAGGACAGCUUCUGUAAUACUGGAGUGAUUUCUUUCGCUGGGCCCAGGGACACUGUAUGCAUCAGUAUGGUCCAUAUCAACUUCUUCAAAAAGAUUAUAUAUGGGCUCCUGGCCUUUGUCCUCUUCCUCGCCAUCUGUGUGUGGAACGAAUCGAACAAAGGGUACUCGGUGUCCCUGAAAUUGGAAUCAAAAAACUUCCAGCUGCCCAGGAACCUGCAAAUCCUGGCUCGGAAACUGGGGCCGAAGCCCCUGUACGUAACCACGAUGGCGGACUCUCCAAGGGAGAGCAGGGUCCCCAGUGGCGCCAAGGACAGGCCCCAGACCGAGAGGUACGACGGCAAGGUCUGGGACGAAGACAGCUCCUCCAAGAACCUCCCGCCCCGCUUGCAGAAGGUCAGGAAGAACUAUUUGCACAUGAACAAAUAUAACGUGACCUUUAAAGGGCAGCGUCAGCCCAAGAAGCUCAGUGAUGCUGCCUUGCUAUGUCAGCUUGCCAGUCGAGUGAAAGUCUCCAUGAUCGAGGCCACGGACUUCCCCUUCAACAGCUCCGAAUGGGAAAGCUCUCUGCCCCAGAAGAACAUCAGGGACGCCUUUGGGCGCCUGGGCACGUGUGCUGUGGUGUCAUCCGCCGGCUCCCUGAAGGCUUCCAACUUGGGCAAAGAAAUAGACAGUCACGAUGCUGUCAUGAGAUUUAAUGGAGCACCCACAAGAAAAUUUGAGCAGGAUGUAGGACAGAAGACAACCUUUCGCCUGGUCAACUCUCAGUUGGUGACUUCGGCCAAGCACAACUUUCUCCAGGACAGUUUAUACAAAGAAGGAACCUUAAUUGUGUGGGACCCCUCUCCGUACCACUCUGAGGUCCCGGAGUGGUACAAGAAACCUGACUACAAUUUCUUUCAAAACUAUAAGCAAUACCGCAAAGAGAACCCCAACCAGCCCUUCUAUAUCCUCAACCCCAAGAUGCCGUGGGAGCUUUGGGACAUCCUCCAGGAGAAUUCCCCAGAGGACAUUCAGCCAAACCCCCCGUCCUCAGGGAUGCUUGGCAUUGUGAUCAUGAUGAGCUUCUGUGACAAGGUGGACAUUUAUGAAUUUUUGCCCUCCAAGCGCAAAACGGACAUCUGUUACUACUACCAGCGCUUCUUCGACAGCGCUUGCACCAUGGGGGCCUACCACCCCCUGCUCUUUGAGAAGAACAUGGUGAAGCACCUCAAUCAGGGGGCAGAUGAGGACAUUUACCUGCGAGGGAAGGUGACGGUGGCCGGCUUCCGGAGCGCCCGCUGCUAGCUCCCGGGCUGGCUCCCCGCCGCUUCGCCUUCACCUGCCCCUCCUCCUGCUGACCGGAAGGCCCUUCCUGAAGCACGGGAGCUGCCCGGAAGCCUUCCCUCCGCCGCCGCCCUUCUGGGGAAGCCCUUUCCUUCCCUUGGAGUCCUGUCGCUUCCGCCACGUCCAGCAGCCGCAGGGAAGCUGGAAGCCGGUCAGGUAGAGCAGGCGGAGUCGGAAAAGAUGCUUCCCCCUCCUGCAGCCGAGCUGAGGGAUUGUGGGAGCCCGAGGGCUGUCGGCGCAGCUGCAGAGGGCUCUGCUCCAGCAGGCCCCUGCCCAGCUCAGGUGCAAGGCCUGCUUUCCUGGCCAGCUGCGGCCCUUCCUUCUCUCCCCAGCCCAGACCGCUCAGGUGCAUGGCUGGGGCAGCUUGGGGCGGAACCACGGUGUGGGGAUUCGCACUCUCCCCCAACAGACAGUUACAGAGUCCUAGGGGGCUUAAUAAGGUUUAUUAGCUAAACAUUAAGCUAAGAGAGUAGCUUCUUUUUUGGUCUCAAAUUUGUUCCUUUAGGGAAGUAAGCAGGUAGCAGUAUAACUUCCCAGGUCCCAUCCCAUCAGGCCCUCCUGAGGAGGCCGUCUCCUACUUUGGAAGCUGGUCUUGGGCGGGCCGAGGCUCUGGCUCUGCCUCUUUCGGGUUGGGGGAUGUCGGGCAGAUCACGGCAUCUCCCUGAGCCUCAGUUUUCCCAUCUGUAAAAUGGGGAUAAUAAAGCUACCUACCUCACAGGGUUGUUGUGGGGCUCCAAGGAGAGAAAUGUCUGUAAAGUGCUUACUAACUGUAAAGUGUUCUCCGAAUGUGAAUGGAUCUUGUUAAUGGUUUGUUUUCCUGUACAGCUGAUUGCCCAUGUUCUCUCAGGUCUACCACUGGAGAGAAGCAAUAUGUAUUUUUAAACUUGCAGUGUUUGACUGACACGGAGUCAACAGUUCUUAGAACAGGUCUAGUCUAGGUGUUUGUCACUGAGGUCUACUGAUUCCCAGUGGAUUUCAAGCAGUCCGUGCCCUUGGAUGCGACAGAAAUGGCACCGUUCUUGUCACUGACCUCUGCUUGAAAUCAUGCAUUUCCUUUGAUUAUGAAUGUAGGCAAUAAAAUAAGAUUCCGAGAAGGGAUCCACACGUUUCAUCAGACUUUCUAAGGCGUCCAGGACACAGAAAAAGCGAAGAACCCCUAGUGCGGUCCCAGCCCUCACCUUACCGAGUUUUCCGAGGGCGCUCCAGAGAGUUUACACGAUUUUUCCAAGUUUCCGCAGGCAGGAAAUAGUGAAGUCGCAAUUUACUUCCUGGUCUUCUGAAACAGACCCAGCUUGUUUUCUAAGGUGGGGGAGCCUUCGGCCAGGCUCCCCUGUCUGCGAGAGGAGAGAGAGCGGGAGAUGGGGAUGGUGUGUAUACAGACCCACCCAAGCAAGGCCAGGGGUGAGUCAGGUACAAGAGAGCUCACGGAAGAGUCGCUAAAUGGAAUUAGAACAACUAAUAAAUGCUCCUGGAAAAGUUCACAGUCAUGGAGAGUGGGGGAGGCUGGAUUAUAUUUGAUUUCUAAGCUUCUGCUUCUAUAACUCAAUCUCCCAUUCCCCUUUUCCCCCCUCUGAGGCAAUUGGGGUUAAGUGACUCACUCAAGGUCACACAGCUAGGAAGUGUUAAGUGUCUGAGGCAGAUUUGAACUCAGGUCCUCCUUGACUUCAGGGCUGGGGCUCUAUCCAUUGCACCACUUAGUUGCCCAGUUUCCCAUCCCUUUAAUGCCUCCAGCUCAAAUACGAUAUAAAUUUUCUUUAAAAAAAAAAAAAUGAAAGAACGAAACAAAGAAAAAGAAAAAAGAAAAUAAAGAAAA